AGUUUAAAAAAAUGCAUUUUUUACUACAGCAAAGACACGUGGUGCUGGAAGAGACUGUUUGUGGCCAGGACAGCACAGUCAGAACAGCAUGACACAGGACAGCAAACAGCCUGUUCCCUGCCACUGAAAUGGGCCAUUAUCGGGGUUACACAGGUGGGCAGAUUUGUUACAGCUCCUCUCAAUCCAGUCUGUCUUGUACAGGUUUAUAAGGUCACACUGUAUGACUGGCAUUUCACUGUUGCACCAACAACCCGGACUGAGAUGUAAACACCAAACACAGAAGCUGGCAGACGGUUGAUAUGGGGAGAUCAGUUACCCGGAGCUUGACCGGACACCGGGAGAGAAGCGGCCCCCAAACAGAGUCUGAGCCCAGGACGGAGGUCAGGGACGAGGCGCUAAAGCCUUUGCAGAGGGAAAUGCUGUUCUGAUCACCGCCUGCUUUCGUGUCGGAAGUAGCCCAGGUCAGUCAUUACAGAUCAACGUAAUAAAACAUCUAUCCGACAUCUAACCAACAUACAAUCACCAUCUAUCCAGUAUCUAUUCCGUAUUUCUCCAGGACUAUCCAGAAUUUAUCCCGUAUCUAAUUAAUUUCCAACCAACACCUGUCAAGCAUCUGAACGGCGCCUAGGGAGCAUAUAACCAGCAUCUACCACAUGAUAAACACUAACAGCUAAAAUCUAACCAGCUAACCUUCACCAGCCCGACUAAUGACAGGACGCAACCACAGGACGCUGCCGCCUCAUUUGGUUAACGGUCCGGCACGGAGUCACGCCUGUCCGUGGGUGAACAAGAAUUAUACCUAGACAGUUCUAACAAAGGGAACCAGCUGGGGGACUCGUUCCUUGGGGCAUGCACCUGUCCGUGCCGCUAUGGAUACAAUGCUCCUCGGGAUUACAGGUGAGCACUGCUGUCGUCAUAGAGAUGGAGGCAUGUGACCAAACACCUGGCAUCGCCAUUCCGCAGGCAAGGCACCCCAGGCUGGCAUUCUCAGCAAAGAGCUCUGCGGUAGACACAUUUGCGGGCUCCCGGUGCACGUCGUUGGGGUUGAGGUCACCUUGUUGCACGGCCAGGGGCUUUGGAAAGCGGGAUGAGUCGCUGGAGAGAGCUACUGCGGAGGCAGGUCGUGCAAAAGGUGGCAGAAGAGAACGAGGAGGGAAAGAAUCGGAAAAACCUGUUCGAGGUCAAAAACAAGCUGAAUUGGAAAGAGUGCACAGUUGACCCAUCAGAAGAGUAUUAUUAUGCCUGGCUUCAGAUCAUGGUGUUUCCUGUGCUCUACAAUUGGGUGAUCAUCAUCUGCAGGACUUGCUUCUAUGACAUUGACUAUAACUACCUGGCACUAUGGCUCACAAUUGACUACAUAUCUGACCUCCUCUACAUGGCAGAUAUUAUAAUCAAGUUCCAUACAGGGUACCUGGAGCAGGGCAUCCUGGUGCGUGACCUAACACGCCUGCGGCAGCACUACAUGCACUCCUCGCACUUCCUGUGGGACGUGUUGUCGAUCCUGCCCACUGACCUGCUGUAUUUUCGGCUGGGCAUCCACUGCCCACUGGUGCGAAUCAAUCGCCUUCUGCGUUCGCCCAGGCUGUCGGAGGCCUUUGACCGCAUGGAGACCCGCACAUCCUACCCCAACAUCUUCCGCAUCUCCAAACUCAUGCUUUACAUUUUUAUUCUCAUCCACUGGAACUCCUGCCUCUAUUUCGCCCUAUCCGAUUACAUUGGCUUCGGUUCGGACCCCUGGGUGUACCCGAACAUCUCUGACCCUGAUUUCGCCUCCGAGCGCAGGCAGUACUUCUACAGUUUCUGGUUUUCCACGCUGACCCUCACCACAGUGGGGGACACGCCGGAUCCCCAGCGUGAAGAGGAGUACUUGUUCAUGAUCGCCGAUUUGCUCAUCGCCGUGCUGGUGUUCGCCUCGGUGGUGGGCAACGUGGGGAGCGUGAUCGUUAACUUGCGAGACCAAGACAACGUCUUCUUCCCCAACCACGAGCUGGUGAAGAGCUACCUGCGGAGCCGGCGUAUUGACAAAGAGCUGCGCAACCGCGUCAACAACUGGUAUCAGCAUCUGCACAUCAACAAGAAGAUCACGCGGGAAAACGAGAUCCUGCAACAGCUGCCCGGUCGUCUACGCACGGCGAUUGCUGUCAGCGUACACCUGCCCACUCUCUCCAAGGUCACCAUCUUCCAGAACUGCGAGACCAGCCUGCUAGAGGAAUUGGUUUUGAAGCUUACACCCCAGGUAUACAGCCCUGGGGAGUAUGUCUGCAAGAAGGGGGAUGUAGGGCAUGAGAUGUACAUCAUCAAGGAGGGCAAGCUAGCUGUGGUGGCCGAUGACGGCAUCACACAGUUCGCUGUGCUGAGCGAUGGGAACUUCUUUGGAGAAAUCAGCAUUCUCAACAUCAAAGGAAACAAAUCUGGCAACCGGCGUACGGCAAACAUCCGCAGCAUCGGCCACUCAGAUCUUUUCAGCCUGUCCAAGGAAGACCUGACAGAGGUGCUAGCUGAGUUCCCGGCAGCUAAGCGUCUCCUGGAGGAGAAGGGCCGGCAGAUCCUUACCAAGAUGGGCAUGUUGGAUGACACAGAUACAGGUGACGGCAACCUGAAAGAGGAGGAGAAGAUAGAGCAGAAGGUGGAGAAUUUGGAGAACGGCUUGGGCACGUUGCAGACCAAACUGGCACGACUUAUGGCUGAGCUGGAGUCCAGCGCUCGCAAGAUGGAGGCCAGGGUGCAACAGCUGGAGAAGGAGAUGGAGGAAUGGUCAGAUGAAGAAGCGAGUGAUGAAAGAGAGGGGAAGCAGACGGGUGGAGGAGUGGAGUCUGAGGCAGGGCAACUGCAGGAAAGAGGGUGUAAAGAAAAUAACAUUAAAAAAACACUAGUUGAAGCCAAUGUAGAGUAUGAUGGCGUGUCCACUGAUGAAAGAGAAGGCAGGUUUGUGUCUUCUGGAAUGGAGAAGACAGACGGGGGAAAUGAAGUGGAAGGUGUGGUGGAGGGACACCACAGAAACACAUAAGAUUCAGAACAAC